AAUACCGCAGUUUGUCGCUUAUUCGGAUUUGCCCCAUGCCAAGGGCAAAAUCGUCGCCUGCACACAACCACGACGUGUCGCUGCGAUGUCUGUCGCCAGACGAGUCGCAGAAGAAAUGGAUGUGGAGCUUGGUAGAGAAGUCGGUUACUGGAUACGCUUUGAGGACAUGACAGAACCGGGAAAGACGUUUCUCAAGUACAUGACCGAUGGUAUGCUCCUCCGGGAGGCCGUGAACGACCCCGACCUGCAACGGUAUUCCACAAUCAUCCUUGAUGAAGCCCACGAACGGACUCUCGCCACCGAUAUCCUCAUGGGUAUCGUGAAGAACCUCGCCAAGAGACGACCCGACUUGAAAAUUAUCGUCAUGUCCGCCACCUUGGAUGCACUCAAGUUCCAAAAGUACUUUGGGAUACCCGGUCGCACACAUCCGGUGGAAAUAUUUUAUACCCAAGAACCCGAACCCGACUACGUCGAGGCUGCCAUCCGCACUGUUUUGAUGAUUCAUCGUGCAGAGGAUCCCGGCGACAUUCUGCUUUUCCUGACCGGAGAAGAGGAGAUCGAAGACGCAUGUCGCAAGAUCAAAUUGGAGGCAGACGAUUUGAUCAAUCGGGAUCCAGACUCUGUCGGGCCUCUAGUCUGUGUACCGCUCUACUCUUCACUUCCGCCACAGCAGCAACAACGUAUAUUUGACCCACCCCCAUCGUCGAAAACGCCAUAUGGUCCCCCUGGGCGAAAGGUGGUCGUAUCAACCAAUAUCGCAGAGAGUUCGUUAACCAUCUAUGGGAUCGUCUAUGUCGUCGAUCCCGGGUUCUCGAAGCAAAAGGCGUACAACCCUAGGAUCCGUGUAGAGAGUUUACUGGUAACUCCAAUAUCGAAGGCUUCUGCACAGCAACGUGCUGGGCGGACGAGACCGGGGAAAUGCUUCAGAUUGUACACAAAGAAGGAUUUCAUGUCGGAGAUGGAGGAGCAGAUACAUUCAGAGAUUUUAAGGAGUAAUUUAGCUAACACUGUGCUGGAACUGGUCAAGGCAGGGGUCAAAGAUCUUGUAAGAUUCGACUAUGUGGACGCACCCGCACCAGAAACUCUCAUGCGUGCACUCGAAUUGUUGAACUAUCUGGCGGCGUUGGACGAUGAUGGUAAUCUGACGGCGCUGGGCACGCUCAUGGCAGAGUUCCCGCUAGACCCUCAGUUGUCGAAGAUGUUGAUCGUCAGUCCGGAAUUCAAAUGUAGCAAUGAAAUGCUAACCAUCACUGCGAUGUUAUCUGUCCCAAAUGUAUGGCUCCGGCCGAACAACCAGCGUAAGGAAGCCGAUGCAGCCAAGGCACUUUUCACAGUCCCAGACGGUGACCACCUUACACUUCUCAACGUCUACAACAAUUAUAUCCAAAGUAAGCCUUUUACAGCCGAGAACGUUCGUGAGCAACUCAAGCGGACAAUGGAGCGCUUUGAGAUCGAGUUCAUAUCCAUCGGGGAUGAGAAGCGAUAUCUUGCCAUCCGGCAGGUUCUGUGCUGUGGUUUCUUUAUGCAAGCUGCUCACAAGGAAGGGGAGAAGGGCAGCUACUUAACUGUAAAAGAUAACCAGGUCGUGAACUUGCAUCCAUCUUGUGGCCUGGACACGCAACCAGAAUGGGUAUUAUUCAAUGAAUUCGUCUUGACGACUCGACCGUAUAUCCGGACUGUGACGGAUAUGCGCCCUGAAUGGUUACUAGAGAAUGCUCCCUUUUACUACGAUGUUGAGAGCUUUCCAGACGGUGAGACCAAGAGAGCCCUUCAGCGAGUUGUGAACAAACGCGCUGGUAAGCUUAGGGGAAGCAAAGGGCCCGACAGCUCAGGUAGGAAACAGAGGUGA